UUGCUCGAUCACCUCCUCCCCCACCUUCUGCCACGGGAUCAACGCCUGCAAGUCAUCACAAAGUGAAGAGCAAGACUACAUAAAAGAAAGAAAAAGAAGAGCAGGCUAGGACAAUGAGCUUGCGCGGUCGACAGCUGUUUGUUGGGAACAUUCCCUUUCAAGUUGGCUGGCAGGACCUCAAAGACCUGUUCCGGCAGGCAGGGUUAGUCCAGCGUGCGAAUAUCAUGCAGGGACGGGAUGGUCGGUCAAAGGGACACGGUAUCGUCUUGUAUGCGACUCUAGAGGACGCUAACAGGGCACAAGAAAUGUUCAAUGGCUACGAAUGGAAAGGGCGUCCAUUGGAGGUCAGAGAGGACAGGAGUAUUACCGAUUUUGGAUCUCGGAAACCUGGCCUAACCCAUCACGAUGGUGUCGACGACCUUGCAGAAGCACUAGAUCAUAAGCUGACUGUAGGCGCUGAUUUUAAGAAAAAUGGCGGCACAGUAGAGUCAACGGAACAGGAUCAGUCCUCGUCAACAGAAAAUAUUAACACCGCGGAUACUGUCUCUAAAGAGGACCCUUCAGAUGCUGAAGUAACCAACCCGAUUCAAAAGCGUACCAUUCAUGUUGGAAAUAUCCCUUUUCGAGUGCGAUGGCAGGAUUUGAAGGAUCUCUUCCGAAAAGCUGGUCGGAUUACCAGGGCUGAUGUGGCCCUGGGUCCUGAAAAUCGCUCCAGAGGCUAUGGUACCGUCAUUUUUUCGACCGAAGAGGAAGCUAAGAAUGCCAUAGUCAUGUUUGACCAGUAUCAUUGGCAGGACCGUAUUAUCCAGGUGCAGGAGGACAGGUCUGGGAUGGAAAAUGGCCGUCAUUUGGAGGGGGGUCCACCACCAGGAAUGGGACUAGGGCCUCACGUUGGACCAUUUUUUAGAAACCAUCCUAUGAACCCAAACUUUGUCGCUGGUCGCCAAGUCUUCGUGGGAAAUCUACCAUUUCAAUGUCAGUGGCAGGAUCUCAAGGACUUGUUCCGCAAAGCAGGAACAAUUAUCCGGGCUGACGUGGCUCUUGGGUUGGAUGGGCGAAGUCGAGGUUUUGGAUCCGUCUUGUUUGCGACCCCAGAGGACGCUAGCAAUGCCAUCUCGAUGUUUGACAACUACGAGUUCAAUGGACGAAUCCUUCGCGUCCACUAUGACCGAUACACCCCGAUGGGUCAUGGUCAUCCAAUGCACGGCCACAUGGGACCCAUUAUGCACCCUCAUCCUUCGCACCAUCCUCACCCACAUUCCCACCCUCAUCAUCCGUCCCACCAACCUCACCACCACGCACAUCGCCUCCACGCUAUGCAUACGCAACUUGGUCACGGAUUCCCUCACAAUUUCCACCAGCCACACAUGAUGCCUAUGGGGGCUCAUCCUAUGCUCCACGGAGGAACUCCGCCUGGUCAAUUUAACAUGGGCCCACCUCCAUUUGGUGGCGGGAACUUCUCGCCGUCUCUUCUCGGCCCAGGAUCUGCUCACGCCACAGAUUUUUCACCGAGCGAGGGAUCGGUGAGGACGAGCGCUUCCCCGUUGCCUUCAGAUCUACCGGGGCUUGGUGUACCAGGCGAUCGAGUGACCUCUCCAGCACAAUUUGAUAGCAACGCAGCGUCUUCGAUCGGAGUGACUUCGCCCACGAUCUCAUCGGCAGCCAUUCCAGGGUCUGGAGCAUCAACAUUUGCAUCGAAUGUAAAUGUGCUGCAACAUCCGCACCCUGGCUCUCCGUCACACCAGUACCCAUUCCUGGCACAUCUUGGACCCAUUGGAAAACCGCACCCGAUCCACGGUUCACUCAAUGAGCACUCUGGAUCGGGACUUUUGUCAGGGUCGUCGUCCAGUACUGUUCCCAACGUUGGAGUCACCUCCACAGGUGAAGCCGAUUUUGUCUCGCGAAACACGGGUCAUCCAUACUAUUUCGGAAACGGCGGUAGCAACAAUGAUGAAGAGGGAGUAGCGGUCGGGCGAGAAGGAGGAUUGGGUUCUGAAUAUGAUAUCAACGCGGGUCAUAUCAACGACACGUUCUCGCCGCGCUUUUAUAUGUACCCAGGGCUCCUUCAGAGUCAUCACCAACCGCAGCUUCAACAGCAACAGCAAUCACAACAACAACAGCAAUCCCAAUUGCAAUCGCAGCAACAGGAUCAACAGCUUCAACAGCAGGAUCAGCCGCUACCGACAUUUCAGCAGCACCAGCCAUUGGGUUACCCUCUAUAUCAGGACCAGUAUCUGCAGGAUCAGAACCACCUCAUGCACUCUCGCUCUGGGGUGAUUGGAGGGUUGGGCGGGAACACGCUUGGACAUGGGUAUCCAAAUCAACAUGAAUGGAUCGCACACGCGAACUCGUUCAUGAUGGGUCCACCUCAGCAUAUCUACGGGCUGCCACAGUUUGGACAGUUUGAACAUCAUCGUGGAUUGAAUGAUGAAGGAGAGGGAGAUGAGGAGGAAGGGCAGCAGAACGAACAUGAGUACCUCGAAAAGUAAGCUCCUGUCGAUUCUUUCCUUACGUUCUCACUGGAUCGAUGCGCAUAGCAAUUUGCUUGGUUGCUGACAGUGCACUUGUUAUACUGAA